CACAAUUUGGAUGAAUUAUGAGAAAACAUGCAUUUAACCGAGCAUAAUAGCAAACAAAUGAGGUAUCAAAUAUGCAAACAUGCUUAGAGCUGACAUCCGCUUAUUUUGAACACAAGGUCAUUUGAAAAAUAUAUUACAGAAGAAAUGUAAGUUUGUAAUCUCGGUAGUACAGUAUAAACAUCACCAGAAGGCUUUGGUUUUAUCCCAACUUCGCUUUAUAGUGCUGAGGGUUUGUUACAAUGAAGAUCUAAGCCAACGGACCAAAACAGGUUUGUAAAAUAUGCCUUAUGCAAUGAUUAUAGUUGGAAGAUUUAAUAUUAAGAAGAGUUAUUGAAAUGGCAAUGAUCAUUUGUAUCGAGCCACAACAACAGGGUUUUAUAAGUCUGAUCUGUUUAUCAACAGAGUAAGAGUACUUUCCAUCUGUUCUUAUCAUAACGUAAAGACUAGUCUAGAUUGCUCAGGAUAGGCAAUAUAUAUACGAAGGAUUAUUAUUCAAAUAUUUGAAUGCAGUCAGACUGCGGUUCAUGCCACAUGCCCUGCAGUUGUAAAAGCAUGCAAAUAUUUACCGCGUUGCGCUUUGCUUUGUUCAAAUAUGAAAGGUAAAAUACAACAGUUGAAUUAAAAGUUUAAAACUGGUUUAACUAAAGAGUUAUUUAAUAAAUACAGUGUAGUCUAAAAUAUUGUGUAAAUUUAUACUGCCCAUUUGGUUUUCAUAUUUUAAUUAUGAUCACCUCAGUCUCAGACAAUAAUUCAGAUGAUUUGCCACGUAUUAGCAUAUAUGUGAUUAUGUUUCACAUGUUUUUAAUAUAGCAACAUGAUCCCGCAUAUAUUAUACAAUUUCAUAACUCGUUUUCAAGAGGUGUCAGAAUUCAGAUUAACUUGCACCAAGUAUGUGAUUUUAUUCAUUGGCAUGCUCCCGGCCAGUAACCUUUCUAUGGUCUCUAGGGCUAGACUCUAGGAUUCUAUUUCCUGCACUACAAUGUGCAAAAGAGGAACUUGAACUACUGAUUGAAAUCAUAGUCACUGUUGAAAUUUACAUUUUAAUAUUUAGUAAUUUUGCAAAUACGCUGUGACAAUUGUAAUCUACAACUAGAAGCAGGUGUUAUAACUGUUAUACACGCGCUCAGAUAGGUACUGAGAUAGACUUUAUUAAAAACACUUUGUCUUUGCAGUUUACGGAACUGAAUUGCGUGUUGCUAAAAUUACAAAAAUUGGCGAUAUACUAUAUAUACAUAUACAUAGAAAUAAUUGUCAAAAAUUUAGCUAAAAAUUUUGAACACAAGCUUGGAUAAACGUAUUUAAGAAUCUGUUCGUCUUAAUCUUUUGGAAGCUGGUAAACGCGGCGAUUCCUGAGAUUAUAUUCCGUGGAACAUCGCUCUGGCAGACAAGGUGAAAGUUUGUGCUGAGGAUCAUUGGUGGCUUGGUAGAACUCAACUUUCGUGACAAGCGUCUUGGCCAGUGUAUGUUCAUAUAUUCGUGUUCACAUACCAUAAAAACAACCGCUUUCAAAAGAAAUCAGUAGGGCAGAACACGAAUAUAUGAAUAUGCAAUUAUCGCGUCUAGUUACGAUCCUGGUCUUGGCGACGAGCCCUAAAGGCUUGUUUCCACUCAGGAAAAUUAUCCGUGGAUUGUAACGACAAGAAAAUUUUUCUUUGUGUUAAAGUCAUUAGUUUCAACCCAGAGCUCACAAGACAAAGAAAAAUCUUCUUGUUAGUUUCCUGCCGGGGAAACUACUAUUUUAAGGAGGCAAUUUAAUUCCAAGUGUUUUAUUAACGAUGCAACAAAAGUUUAAAAAAUUAUUCAGGGCAUAGUCUGAAUACUUUGAUAUGGGUUUGGGGGUCUUAAUUCUUAAAAAUAGGUACGCACUGCGCACAUGUGGCAAGCAAAGGAAUGUGACACAAAAUAUCUACAAUCUUAGAAAUAGCGAAAAUGAUUUAACUCUCCCAAAACCUAGAACAGAAUAUCUAAGAAGAAGCUGUAAGUACAGCAGCCUAAUGUUGUGGAAUGACCUUUCGUCUGCAGCUAAAUCGGCGGAUACUCUCGAUUGCUUUAAAAGAGAGAUAGGCGCAAGCUAGAGGAAGAUUCUGUGCUAUACGUACUAAACUGACUCUUGUGUAUAGCAUUUUUAAAUUGUAACUUCUUAAUUAACUUAAUUAUUUUCUUUGUAUUGUUAUGUGACGCCCCUCGUGGAAAUCAGCACUAUGUUGACGAGGCUAACUGAUUAGAAUUGGCAUUAUGUACAUAAAAAUAAAAUAUAAACUCGAUAAAUAAAUAUUGAUAAUUAUAAUUAUAAUUACCAAUAUCAAAUACUAUAAAAAAUGUUCAAGUAUAACACGAGGUUGAUUGUUAUGAUUCAAGAUACUCUGUAUUCUAAAUGAAAAGUAUUUGUAUCGAUUGAGGCCAUCUCUGGUACUUCUGUGAGCAACAAGAAAUAUUAUGGAACAUGCUGACUAAUGACACUAUAAAGAUUGUUUCCAUUAAUUAGAAUUCUAUUCAUGAUUAAUGUAUCCCAGAUGUUUAUAGACUUUAUUUCAUUUAUAAAAUCGCAUAGAUCGACAGUGCAACACAUUGAUUACCAGGCGCGUUACUUCCAAACAUCGAAGCAUUAUUUUGAUUAAAGUUUGCACGAACUGUAAAAGUAGAAUCAACUAUUUCAAUAUUAAUGGCCUGGAUUUUCCUCGACAUCAUUUAGAGUCUCAAUAAUAAUGGUACAUAAACAUUAUAGCGUACAAUCUCAAAUUUGUCAGAGGUAGUAGGUAAACUUUGGUUGAUUUCAGCCAAAUAUUAUUUUAUUCUGUUGUUUUUGUGAAACGUUUUGUCAUAUUUUUACGCUUGAAAAGGAGCCAUUGUUGCUCACACUGAUCUUAGAUCAGGUUGUAUUUGCGUGAAACUGGCCACGUAAGAAAGUUGAACCUUGCCAUUGUGCAGGUAAAAAUAUCAGAUCCAUUGCCAUUGUGCUUGAAGGGGCAUGAUCAACCACGUUUCUGUUGCGUUGUGGGCCAGAGGUAGCCAUUUUCGUGGCCUUGAUAAUGGCGGCAACUAUUUAGGAAAGUAACUGAAAAACGUAAACAAAAGCGCACAUUGCCAUAAUUGCAUUGUGGUUGAUCAUGACCCUUUAAAGGCCUGGUCACACUAGACAAAGAUACGAUAACUUGUAAACACGCGAUGAUUGGCAAAAAAACUAUGUUGGCACAGAAUAACAUUUAAAUUGUUAUUCUGUGACGUUGGUGUCGACACUACAACGAAAAUGAUCGUUUGACGAUAACGAUUUUAAAAUCGCUCACCCUAGCGAUUUCUUUUUCAGUCGGACGAUAACGAUAAAUGUUUGACCAAUCAGCACGCGUAUUCUAGUUAUCGCUGUGUAGUGUGACCGGCCCUAAACAGUCAUACCUAGCCAUUGUGCAGGUAAGAUAUUACAAAUACAAUCAAACAAUCUUGCCGCGCGGUAUACAAGUAUAUACUAAUACAAUACAACAAACUUUUUACACAGAUUAGACAGUGAGAAACGGCUAAAGUAUGGGUAUUUCUAUUGAGAAUUAUUGAAUAAGAAUUGGUUCACAGAUUAAAUUUGUGCAAGCCUGGAAGUCUAUGUUUCAACUGAAAGGUAAAUUUUGGAACCAAAUGUUGAUAAUGUUCAGUAGCGCAGCCAGUCCGACAAUUUAGUCCCGCUAUGCAAAUUCAAAAUUAUUAUCAUUCAUUUCUUUAGAAAAAUUAUCAAAAUUAUUAUCAUUAUUCAUUUCUUCAUUAUUCAUUUCAUUAUUCAUUUCGUUUUCACAGUCAAUGAACACGAAAAUAUUUGCAUAGCGAAAAUAAUAAACAAACCGAAAAAAGUAAUGAGGUGUGCAUGUGAUAUCAGGUUGUAUACAUAUGCUAUAAAUAUAAUGUUUAUGUACCAUCAUUAUUGAGACUCUUAAAUGAUGUCGAGGAAAAUCCAGGCCAUUAAUAUUAAUGAAAUGGUAAAAGACUUUAAUCAAGGUAAUGCAUCGAUGUUUGGAAAUACGCUGGUAAACAAUAUGUUGCACUGAUGAUAGCUGUUUACUAAAAUCUUCAUAUUUUACGUUUUUAGACAUACCAAGGGAGCCAUUUAACAAGUAUCAUAAUCAAUCUAGAAGGACUCAUAUAUUUUAACAAUCUUAUGUUAGAAGCUAUAAAUAUACUUUAAAAUACUGGUGUUGUAUUAAUCCUGUGCAACUGGAGUUCUUCUUUUGUAACAACCAUGGCGAGGCGUGCUUACACGACAUUCCUCUGUCUAUCAUUUUUUCUCUGCGUUAUUGUUGCCUUGCAACUUGUUAACCAUUUUGUCAUGGUAAGAAACGCCGAUACAGAAUGUAACUGCGACACAAAAUUCAGCGAAGAAAAACGCCGUGAUGCUGAACGUAAAUCCACACUAACAGUCAAGAAAUCGAAAAAACUUGACGAAUAUGUCAGCGGGAUGUUGGAAUUACUUGGCGACAUGAACGAAAUGGAACAAGCUGAACUUGGGACAAACUUUAGGCGAUUAUAUGAAGUCUUACAAGACAUAAAAGAGACAAAAAAUGGCAUAAGAAACACAAGAAAAUUAAAGGAACAAUUUAUACCAAGUCCAAAGUCAAAAGGAAGUAGUACCCAAGAAGUAUGUCCGGAAAAAUUUUUGGGGACGACCCUAACUUACGGUUAUCCUUUCUUUCGAAAAGGGUUUGCAACUUUAAAUUGUUCGCAGUUUGUUCCGAUGAAAGAGCUCGUAACGGUCGUUUUUGAUGAUGUUUAUACAUCCACGAUUACUCCUCCAGCCUAUCAGCGAGUUCUGAAAGGUAUCAAGAAAUAUUACCCAAAAAUGAAUGUAGUAUAUAUCACUAAGAAGAAACCAGAUGAUGUGGAGAAGAUAAAAUCAAAUGUGAAAAUAGUAGAGGUUAAGGAUGACACUAAGCAAGGUGAGAUGUGGGACACAGCGUUGCACGAGGUGAACACAAAGUAUGUUAUGGUCGCACAACACCUGACCGAAUUUGAUGACGACAUCAACUUAAAGAGGCUCGUGCGGAUUUUAAGUGAACAACCGGAUGUAACAUUUGCUUCGGCGGCAUAUCGCACCCGCAAUGGACAUUGGGAUAUGGGUUGUUUACAGUCCAUGUUUCAGAACUGGACGCUGACGUUACAAGGUGGUUACUACAUGUCUUUCUGGGACUGUGUUGUGUGUGAAUUUACACCAGGACCAUGGCUCGCUCGCACAAAGGAAGUUAUGGAAUUGCAGUUUGAUAGAACGUAAGUGAUAUAAGGAUAAUUUACAAUUGCGGCGUAAUAAUUUCUGCUUCUAAUCUCUACCAUCCGAAUUAAAAGAUAUUGAAAAUCAUUCUCAUUAGUUUUGAGCGCGUGUUACCGGUACAUACAAAAAAUUUCCUCUUAAAUUGUGUGAUAGUUCUGUCAGUGUUGCUGAGUUAUCCUCACAAACACACACAAGCCAUACAUAUGGGUAUACAGAAAAGUGGAGGUAAAAGCAUAGCUUCUGGGCGAGGUAUUGAAAACAAUGAAUUACUGAAUUCUAUAAUUAUUGAUCUCAUAUUCUCUCUUUCGUCAACCUGUAGCCUUGACUUUGGUGUUUUCUACGACCUCUUUUGGAAGAUCAAGAAACAAAAGAAAAUAGCCGUGAGUUGCCCUGACAUAAUGUUUAACAUCGACAGAACCAAAGUUGGAGAUGAAAAGUUCGUGGCAUUCGCAAGCAAACACGAUAUCAAAAAGAUAGUAGAACCAAAUAAUCAAGUCAGAUGGUAUGUUGAAUUUAAUUACCCUUUCUCACGCUCGGCUUAUCUGCCAUUUUGGGGGUACUGCUUGUCCCAAGUCCUCAAGUGCGCGUACCACAAAAAAGUGUCAAUUUCUCCUGAAUUAAAAUUUUCCAGCUACCUUGAGCAAGAUUUCCAUCUGGCUUACUAAUGACAUGCAUGCUUUGCAUAUAAGAGUUCUUGUACAGUUUUCCACAGUUUUUCUUUUUUCCAAGGUUUUUCUCACAAUAAGUUAUCAUAUCAUCGUUUCAUACUUUUGUACAAUGAGCUCGAUCACUGUGACCGUACACAAAUUAAUAUACAUAAUACAAUGAUUUCUUAUGAUGUUUGUGAUGUUACUCUGAGUGUAUAUCCACACCGGGCAAGCUUGAAAAAUAUGCCUGAUCACUGUGGGAAUCGAACCUACGACCUUUGGAAUACUAGCCCAAUGCUCUGCCAACUGAGCUACGCGGUCUGGUCGGUUCGAGUAUGUGAUAUUUCGGAACAGAAUCUAGUUCCUUCAAUAUCAAUGUAUCUAGUAAUCAUGAUGAUUUCUGUUUAGUUUUCAGGUCAUCUUAUCUUGAUAUAGACUCUAUGUUGUCCAUAAAUCAAUGAGCAUAUAGUUUACAUUCCCAAUAGGUAUGGGUGCCGACAUGGCGUCAAGCAUAAAAGAGGUAGUUCGUGUCGUAAACAUAAAGGGCUCGGAGUACCACCUUGCGAUCUUGAGAAUUUAGCAGACGCAGUCAAACUUAUUAUGAGAGAAUGUGAAAAUGCUGGAUUGUAUUGUGAAUUACAAAUGGGAACAUUGCUCGGUGAGUUUACUCUUUACUCAUCUUUACUUUUAUACUUUACAAUCUAACAAAUCGAGUGCACUCGAGCUUAACCAAAACCUUAGGGGCUGUUUAUAUGAUCCAUGUUUGCCGGAACGAGCAUGUAGGUGUACUGGAGGAAUAACUGGGGGGUGGGGGGAAGAGGACAAAAAUUAGCCCAAUGGUGAUUUAAUUGAUCGACCAAUACGUAACUUUUUGGUCCUUAUAUACUUCCCAGAAUUUGUAAUGACAGAAGGAGGGGGAGGGGGGGGGGGGUUCCUUUAAUAAUUUGGCCGAUUUUUAAGUACAAACUGCCCGACCAAAAAAUUAAUGGGGGGUUGUUUUACUAGCUUCAUUGUCAAUGGUCAUUGGUGCGUGUAUAGAAUUAUUUGCCUAUCGGGAAGGGUUUUCUUCUUGAUUGAUCAUCGUCAACGGACCAUGAGAACGUCAUCGAGUAAUUGCGAUUUAUGAAAGUUUAGAACUGUUUGUCAGAGUUUUUCAAAGCUUAUAUUAAGUUAUUGUAGAUGUGAUAAUUAAAAACGAUGUAUAAAGUAAUAUGUUAAAUGAAUUGCUCAAUUUAGGAGCCGUCAAGUUCAACAAAGUUUUGCCAUGGGAAAGAGACGCCGACCUGACGUUCCUCACAGCAAACUACUCAGCCAUUCAGAAACUUGGUAAGAAAUUUCAAGCAGCUGGUUACAGUUUUAGCCCGCACAAGAACUCCCUGUGGUGUUGCGUCGAUGGUCGGCAAGCUGGCGGCGAAAUCUCGAUGUCGGCCGAUGGGUGGAGUGUAGUUUUAUAUGGCCAACACUUGAUGGAGUCGGAAAUUCUGGCAACUCGAGGAGAAGCGCCGACGAAGAUAGACUUUGCUGGACAGAUGGUGACAGUGGUUCGUAAUCCUGGGCUCUUUGCAAGAAAUCGCUACGGUACAAAUUUAUAUCGUCAUCAAGAGCAUUGGUUGGAUCGGGGUAAGCAGUCUGGAUGGCAUUUCUAUGAUCCAGGCAAGUUUGAAGGAUGCCCAAAUGAACAGCAUUCCGGAUGCCUUAGUCAGUAUUCUAUUGAUGGAAACAUGCAAUUUGACAAGAAUAUAUGCCCAUGUACCUAUCAAGCGCCUCAAAGGUGAUAAUAAAAGUUUAAUUUAUUCUUGUUAAGUUAGUAAUUUAAAUUAACAGUCCUUUUAUUCAUCCUAUAUAUGAAGAGGAGUCUCAAGUUUGAUUCAUCUCAAUGUAAUGCCCAAAAGCAUUCGCCACUGUAUUCAGAUCUCACAGUAUGACGUAUUAUCACAAAUAAUCCGCCAUCUUGGGUGCCACAAAUUCUUUAUUCAACCGACUACCACACAUGCAGCUGUGAAUCGUAGUAUAACUCUUCAAAGUGCUCAAACACAAACAACAGCCGCGGUCAGAUCCACAGUCUUUCUUGAACCGUUGAACGUCAUGUUUGCAUUUAAUAAUAACUAUUUUUAAUUUUCCAUCCAAAAUGGUGGAAGUCAACAAAUACAUGACGUCACUUGCGAGAGCCGGAAUUGUUCGCUUAAAUCCUCUUCAAAUUUCAUGAAAGUUGCGAAAAUGUCGGCAUGUUUUGACGCGACGCAGGGUUUAUUGAAUGGAGUAAACAUGGCGGCAUUCUGCGUAGCUGGGUGAAAUUUAAGGAGGAUUAUACAAAUGAAUUCGGUAUAUAGUAGGUACUGUUUUUUAUUAAAUUUUGAUAGGGGCAUAAAAUUAAGAGGAAUUACACUUAAGACAUCUUUUAAUUAUGUUUAACAAUUUGUAACCUAACGUGGCGUUCAAUAGGUCGAUUGCACGUUACGGCGACCAUGUCGGUGGAUCUUUAUCUUUCAUUGAAUUUGGCACCAAGAUGGCCGCCGUAUUAUUGUCUUAAAAUUCCCACAAGAUUAGCUGCAAUCCACCUAUUUGUACAGAUUAGUUGCAAUCCACCUAUUUGUACAAGUAGUAGUAUCGUUUUGAGUGUAAUUUGGAAAAAAUAUACAUCAGUAAGUUUUUCAAAGACGAUCAAAAUUGAAGUCUUUAAAAACUUGGGAGUGUCUGUUUUUUGCAAAUUGCACGAGAAACCAUACUAUUACUUAUUAUUCAAAAACUCAAUAUAAAUUCAUGAGGAAAACACAAAGAAAAAUCAUAAGCGUGUCGUAUCUUUAUAAGUG